CUCUACUUUUUGCUGCAGGAGUGUCGAAUCGCACAUCCCAUUGUCAAAUGCACAUACUGCAGGACUGAAUUCCAACAGGAAAGCAAAACCAACACAAUAUGCAAGAAAUGUGCUCAGAAUGUGAAGCUCUAUGGAACACCAAAACCAUGCCAGUACUGCAACAUAAUAGCAGCUUUUAUUGGCAACAAGUGCCAGCGUUGUACAAACUCCGAGAAGAAGUAUGGACCGCCACACUCCUGUGAACAGUGCAAGCAACAAUGUGCGUUCGACAGGAAGGAUGAUAGGAAGAAGGUGGAUGGGAAGCUGCUGUGCUGGCUGUGUACCUUGUCCUACAAACGGGUCCUACAGAAGACCAAAGAGCAGCGUAAACAUCUGAGCAGCUCUUCACGGACGAGCCUGCAGGAGAAAGAGCAGUUCAGCAGACUCAGCAGCCCCAGCCACUACAACAGCCAGAAAACCUUAUCCACUUCCUCUAUUCAGAAUGAAAUUCCAAAGAAGAAACCCAAGUUUGAGGCUAUCUCAGCCAAUGGUGACAGCGUUCCUUCCUCUCCCGAGAUGCUUUGCCCCCCUACCCAGAGUGCCCCGUCCGUGUUGGUGCAGUGGGCUGCUUCCCAACAGAGUCCCGGUGCCCAUCAUUAUCCUGUUUCUCAAGGCACUGACGUCCUGAACUUUUCUCCAGACCUUGCCCUGGACUCCCCUGGCACCGACCACUUCGUUAUUAUCGCCCAGCUGAAGGAAGAAGUGGCCACUCUGAAAAAGAUGCUGCACCAGAAGGAUCAGAUGAUCUUGGAGAAAGAGAAGAAGAUCACGGAGCUAAAGGCCGAUCUGCAGUACCAAGAAUCCCAGAUGAGGGCCAAAAUGAACCAAAUGGAGAAGACGCAUAAGGAAGUGAUGGAGCAAUUACAGGCCAAGAACAGAGAACUCCUGAAGCAAGCAGCUGCCCUAUCCAAGGGCAAAAAGCCUGAGAAGUCAGGAGCAAUAACCUCCCCUUAAAACAAAAACAAAUUGGGAGCUUCCCCAGCAUUAACCAAGGAGGCAUGUCUGUUCGGCUGGAAUCCAAAACUUCAGUUUUGUUAUUAUCUGAUUGCUAUCGACUCGAUGGAAACGCCUGGUGUGUGUUGCCUUUCGACAGCAUGUUUGAGUGUGUCUGGUUUCAAUAUCUGUUGAAAACUGUUUUCUAGAAUAGUGAUCCACGGGGACCUGUGCCCCCACGCAUCUUGCUGGCUGCCAUGCCGGGCCAAUGGUCUCCAGAAGAUACCUGUUUGGAAAACAGGUAUUACCACUGCCACUUCAUACAUUAGAAACAAGGACUCCUCUUUAUUGGACACCCCUCUCUGCAGUGGAAAAUCUACUGGUCUCAGGCACAAUCCAUGGUUGGCUGUUUUUCAGGCUUGCCAACAGUUUUGGGGGCAUGAUGAGAGCUUUAUUUUUGUUCCUUCUUUCAAUGGAAGCCUUUGAAUAGCCUUUCCUUGUGGGAGGGACAAGAGCAGAAGGGGGCAUGCUGAUCUGCCUGGCAUGGUUAAGCUAUCUUUCCAAAAUCCAGGCUAUAUAUUUAUCUUGGGUUUUUAAAUUAGAGGGUUGACCAACCUAACUGCCUGUUUUGAUAGCUUUGGGUUUGAGGGUUUUGCAGAAUAAUUGCAUAUACCAUCUGGUGGCCCCGUGGAGCUCUGGUCACCAGUAAACAUUGGCUUUUCAGUUUAUGCUAAUAGUAGCUUGGGUCUAAACUAACUUCUCUGGCGCUGCUUUCUGCAGUAAAGGCAGACUGAGAGCUGGAGGCUAUAUUAGACACUCCCUCAACCUUCCCUCAGUCCCAAAUCAAGUUCCCCCUCUUCCUCUCCACCCUACCUCACAUUUUAUAUACCUCCCCUCCUGGCUUAGAUGUAGGAUGAGGCAAGCUACAAGAAGUGAGUUCUGUCAGGUCAGUAGACACACAAGGUAGGAAGUGUUUCUUGGGUGCUGGGCAGAGAAGCCCCCAACCCCUAUUCCCAACAAAAGCCAGCAGGGUCAAAGGCUAAGAAGGUUCUUUGCUUUUCUGAAACAGUCUGACUUCAGAGACAGAGAAACCAUAAACAGUUCCAGCAAGGGCAGCUGGAAUGUGUGCUCCCAACCCACCCUCAUUAGAGGAGAGCUGAGCAGAGCAGCUUCUGAGCCCAGCCCUCAGGGCAUUUCUGAAAGGGUGAUAAAAAGAACUCUGCUAUCUGGAGGAAAUGUGCGGAUGGGCUCUCCCCGCAGCUUCCAAGCCCAGUUACUCCAUGGAAUUUCAGUGGCCAGCCCUGUGCACACAAGGUGAAGAGAGAGCGCAAGGGUUGGAGAGGAGUAAAGGAAAGAAACCACCCUAUUGCGGGCAGGCACCAAAAGGAAAGAGGUGAAGGCCGACUCUUUGAGACGCCAACGGCUCUAGCUGAGUUUUUAUAAAUCUUUUUUAGUAGAGAGUGGCGACUUUUUUUUUAUUAAAAUGAAUUUAUUCAAAGGCACUUCUUGGACAUUAGCUUUGAGCGUGGAUGAGCACACUUGAAGUGUCAGAUACUGUUGCGUGUUUUUGUUUUUAAAAAGAUUUUAGGAUGCAAAGAAAUCAUUGCACUUGGCCAGAGUGUGACAGCUGGAAAAAAAACACACCUAAUUUUAUACUUCACAUAUUUUUAGAGAGUCUGAAACGCAUUAAUAGGGUUUUUUAAAUGGGGGCUUUCCUUCUUAGUUUCCCUCAGGACACAGAAGUAACAGUAGAGGGAGAAGGACCUUGUAUAUACAAUGUUGUUGUUGUUUUUUUAAUUGUGACACAUUGAUCAUGCAACUGAGUAGUUGAUGGUUUGUAGUAAUAACGUUUCUUUGUAUGUUUGUAAUAAUGGAGAUUUUAAAGGGAUGCUUUGAUUUGUACAAAACUCUGACAAACGUUAAAAGUGUUUUAAAAAAAUCCUCUU